AUGCCAGAUGAUGAUGUUGGAAAUACCAUUGUGGAGAUCUUUGGUUUCCGCAGCUAUGUCAUGACCCAAUAUCGCCGCAUGAUGUACUGGGUACCCAAAUUUCGACACGCCAAUCCCUGGCCUGUUGUUGAACGCCUCCCAGAUGACCUUGAGGGUGAGGACGCAAUCCGAUUGGCUCACCUUGCUGCUGCUCGUAUUUGCCCCGAUCCAAAUACUGAGUUUUUCACUACCGUUUUAAGUGAAGAAACGGAGAAAUCAGCACCUGAAAUCCCAAGUAUUAUAGUAAAUGCUCAAAGUCCAACUCAAAGAGCUUUGCUUUCUGCUUAUUUGACCACUCUCAAAGACAUAUCGACGUCUUCUGAAUCUCGACUUCUUUACCUGGAUGGUCCUCAAUUCGUUUGGUACCGAGAUUUGCAGCUCUCAUACUAUGUUCUCUGGGGACAUUUGGAUAAACAGCGCUUGCAGACUCAAAUAAAGAAAAGUCAAGAAGAAAAGGAGAAAUUGAAAUCAAUUUCUGAUCCGUCCUCAUGGGAUUACCCUAUUCCUGGUUCGGAAAGGGAGAAAUUUGUCCCCCUUGUGCCCGUUUCAUCAGAGGAUAACGCUCUACCUUCCCUUCAACCACGAGGACAGGAGGAUGACCUUCUUGUUCCACGAGUUUCCAACGUGGAGGAAAGUAUAGCUUGUCUUCAACCAAAAAAGAGUUCUCUCUCACGUCGAGGGAGCGUAAGCGUAGCCGAACGCCGACGAGCCUUGUGGAACUUUGAUCUCCAACAUCAAUCCGCCUCUCUUACACAUCUUCCAGAAUCACUCAGUCGCCAUGAGCAGGGCGAAGGUACAAUUCUAGCCAUUGGGGUUGUUGCUCCGGUACCAUCCGCUCUAGAAAAUCAAAAGAAGGCGUAUGGAGAUGAAGAAACGUCAGGAACUCACCCGAACUUUCUUCCUUUACCUGCACCUCCUUCUCUUAUUCAGCAAUGGCUGAAUGCCCUGCGGAAAGCCAAUCCUGCUUUGGAUCGCGCUACCGUAGUUAUUCGCAAUCAGACUCCUUGA